AUGGCUGUUGUGCCCGCUAUACUAUGCGGCUUAACGCUGACAUCAGCACAUCCAUAUUUUGGCCAGGCCGGCCAUGUUGCCACUCAGAGAGAAACCCCCAGCUGGACUGAGUCUUCUCUGUCAUGGGCCAACAGACAGACCUGUCGAUGGUUGAGCAAUUGCGAGACAACGGACUCGGGUGGCAAGGACUCGCUCUACCAGUACUCACAUUCGAAUCAGCAACAACCGCUGUCGCAAAUCCUACCAAAUACAUUGCCAGGUGCCUCGUCUUUCUGGACUAGUGGCUUCGAAAGACCAGAGACCUGGUCGAAAGAAGAACAUAUCUCACGGAAGAUUCCCCAGUAUGUCUACGAUUACACGCCGUAUGUCCAUUUGUUCUCAGGAGAGCAGUUCUGGCCAUGUGAUAUUGCUGAACAUCUUGUUCAUACAUCUCCAUACGCAAACUAUACUCUCAUACGAAGCAUGGAGAACGACAGAACCCUUGACAAUCUCGACGAACUCAAUGAAUUCGGUCAUUUCGCAUAUCUGAAAAGUGAGGAUAACGUGGAAGAGCGCCCCGAUUGGCUGGGUGGAAGUUCAAACAUACCCAGAGGCCCUGAGGGCAUCUUUGACCAACAUUCCGAUCGAGUUUUGAAGAACCCGUCACUCCGAAAAGAACAGGUGCAGGGUGAGAAACGUUGGAACGAUGUUGGCAGACAUGGUCCUGAGGAUCGUCGCAAGUCGUCAGACAGGUUGGAAGAACGAGGAGGACACAGCUCUGCGCCGGCAGUGCUGAUAGUCGUUCCCAAGGAAGAUGGGAUAGUCGACGCAUUCUGGUUCUACUUUUACAGUUACAACCUUGGAAAUAAGGUACUAAACAUACGGUUCGGCAAUCAUGUGGGAGAUUGGGAGCACUCGAUGGUCAGAUUCCGAAACGGUACACCUGAAGCAGUAUACAUCUCGGAACACGGAGCAGGAGAAGCAUACGCAUACCACGCAAUCGAAAAGUAUGGGAAGCGACCAGUCAUCUACAGUGCGACAGGCACACACGCAAUCUACGCAACGCCAGGAUUACACCCGUACGUAUUGCCGUGGGGUCUGUUGCACGACCAGACCGACAAAGGACCACUGUGGGAUCCAAAUCUGAACCACCACGCGUAUGUGUACAACUACACAUCUCGGCACUUGAAGUCAUCGGCACAGACACCGUAUGCACCGGUUAGUUGGUUCAAUUUCAGGGGUCACUGGGGAGACAAAAUCUACCCCAUGAGCGACAAGAGACAGUACCGAUUAUGGGGACAAUAUCACUAUGUCAGUGGGCCACUCGGACCCAGAUAUAAGAAUUUGGGUCGCAAGAAGGUCUGUCAGCGUAUGCAAGCACAGUGCAUAAUCAAACACUGGCUUGGAGACGAGGAGGGCAGCGACGAUGGAGAGAAGAGGUUGCCCGGGGAGGAAAUGAUAGGGGAUGAUGUAGAGGUUCCAGAGCAGACAGAGCAAGUUGGUGGACGGGAAGAUGGACGGGCGGGCAUAAGACAAUGGACAUGA